CCUGACCAUGGUCCCUGCCUGGUUGUGGCUGCUUUGCCUCUCUGUCCCCCAGGCACUCCUUGAGGCCCAGCCUGCAGAACUAUAUGUGGAAGUUCCAGAAAACUAUGGUGGAAAUUUCCCUUUGUACCUGGCCAAGCUGCCACUGCCCCGGGAGGAGGCUGAAGGCCAGGUCGUGCUGUCAGGGGACUCAGGCAGGGCAGCUGAGGGCCCCUUUGCUGUGGAUCCGGAGUCUGGCUUCCUGCUGGUGACCAGGGCCCUGGACCGAGAGGAACAGGCAAAAUACCAGCUGCAGGUCUCCCUGGAGACCAAGGAUGGACGUGUCUUGUGGGGCCCGCAGCCGGUGCGCGUACACGUGAAGGAUGAGAAUGACCAGGUGCCCCGUUUCUCCCAAGCCAUCUACAGAGCUCAGCUGAGCCAGGGCACCAGGCCUGGCAUCCCCUUCCUCUUCCUUGAGGCUACGGAUGCGGACGAACCAGGCACAGCCAACUCGGACCUUCGAUUCCACAUCCUGAGCCAGGCCCCAGCCCAACCUUCCCCAGACAUGUUCCAGCUGGAGCCUCGGCAGGGCGCUCUGGCCCUCAGCCCCAAGGGAAGCACCAGCCUAGACCAUGCCCUGGAGGGGCCCUACCAGCUGUUGGUACAGGUCAAGGACAUGGGCGACCAGGCCUCAGGCCACCAGGCCACAGCCACCAUAGAUGUCUCCAUAGUGGAGAGCACCUGGGUGCCCCUAGAGCCUAUCCACCUGGCAGAGCAUCUCCAAGUCCCAUACCCACACCACAUUGCCCAGGUACACUGGAGUGGGGGCAAUGUGCACUAUCACCUGGAGAGCCAGCCCCCUGGACCCUUUGAUGUGGACGCAGAGGGGAAACUCUACGUGACCAGUGAGUUGGACCGAGAAGCCCAGGCUGAGUACCUGCUCCAGGUGUGGGCUCAGAAUUCCCGUGGCGAGGACUAUGCAGAACCUCUGGAGCUGCAUGUGGUGGUGAUGGAUGAGAAUGACAACGUGCCUGUCUGCCCCCCGCUUGGGCCCCCAAUCAGCAUCCCUGAGCUCAGCCCCCUAGGCACUGAAGUGACUAGGCUGUCGGCGGAGGACGCAGAUGCCCCCGGCUCCCCCAAUUCCCACAUUGUGUAUCGGCUCCUAAGUCCUGAACCUGAAGAGGGGGCAACAGGGAGAGCCUUCGAGCUGGACCCCACUUCAGGCAGUGUGACACUGGGGACUGCUCCACUCCACGCUGGCCAGAACAUCCUGCUCCAAGUGCUGGCCAUUGACCUAGCAGGAGCAGAGGGUGGCCUCAGCAGCACGUGUGAGGUCACAGUCACCAUCUCAGAUGUCAACGACCAUGCUCCCGAGUUCACCACUUCCCAGAUUGGGCCUAUCAGCCUCCCUGAGGAUGUGGAGCCUGGGACUCUGGUGGCCACACUCAUGGCCACUGAUGCCGACCUUGAGCCUGCCUUCCGCCUCAUGGACUUUGCCAUCGAUGGGGGAAACAUGGAAGGGAUCUUUGGCUUGGAUUGGGAGCCAGACUCGGGUGAGGUCCAACUCCGCCUCUGCAAGAACCUCAGCUAUGAGGCAGCUCCAAGUCACGAGGUGGUGGUGGUGGUGCAGAACGUGGCAGAGCUGAUGGGACAGGGCCCCGGCCCUGGAGCCACAGCCACAGUGACUGUGCUGGUGGAGAGGGUGCUGCCACCCCCCAAGUUGGACCAGGACAACUACGAGGCCACAGUCCCAGUGAGCACCCCGGCUGGCUCCCUCCUGCUGACCGUCCAGCCUGCAGACCCUACCAGCAGACCCCUCAGGUUCUCCCUGGCCAAUGACUCAGAGGGCUGGCUCUGCAUUGACAAGGUCUCUGGGGAGGUGCACACGGCCCAGUCCCUGCAGGGCGCCCAGCCUGGGGACACGUACACAGUGCUCGUGGAGGCCCAGGAUGCAGAUGAGCCAAGACUGAGCACCUCUGCCACCCUUGUGAUCCACUUCCUGAAGGCCCCUCCUCCCCCAGCCCUGACUCCGGCCCCUGUGCUCUCCCGUCACCUCUGCACACCCCGCCAGGACCAUGGCGUGAUUGUCAGUGGACCCAGUGAGGACCCUGACCUGGCCAGUAGGCAGGGUCCCUACAGCUUUGCCCUUGGGCCCAACCCCACGGUGCAGCGGGAUUGGCGCCUCCAGCCCCUCAAUGGUUCCCAUGCCUACCUCACCCUGGCCCUGCAUUGGGUGGAGCCACAUGAACACGUGGUCCCUGUGGUGGUCAGCCACAGUGGCCAGAUGUGGCAGCUCCUGGUUCAAGUGAUCGUGUGUCGCUGCAACGUGGAGGGGCAGUGCAUGCGUAAGGUGGGCCGCAUGAAGGGCAUGCCCACGAAGCUGUCGGCAGUGGGCACCCUCGUAGGCACCCUGGCAGUGAUAGGCCUCUUCCUCAUCCUCAUCUUCAUCCACCUGGCCCUGGCGAGGAAGAAGGACCUGGAUCAGCCAGCAGACAGUGUGCCCCUGAAGGCAGCUGUCUGAAUGGUCCAGGCAGCCCCAGCUAGGAGCUUGGCCUCUGGCUCCAUCCAAGCCCACUGGGAGAAGAUCCAGCACUGGAGAUCCAGCAGGGGCCAGGACAGAGUAGAAGCCCCUCCACCUACCCUGGGAUGGAGGUACCAUCACCAGAUGGGUCCCCAGACCAUGAACGCUGACUUUAUGGGCUGCCCAUGGGAACGCUCCAAAUGGCAGCACGUUUGUUCGAUAAUAAAGCCUCAGAGAGUUGGGCUGGGCCCUAAGGGAUUG